CGUACACGUGACUGUAUAUGUGAAUCGCGGUGGUUGAUGGGAUACCACUGAGGAGCAACAACAGCGGGUCUAAUAGCGACAAAUUUAUAAAGAUUCGCGUUAUUUAGUUAGUUUUUCGAUACUGGUAACGUAACUUUGAUUUCGUGUAGCCUCGUUGAUAAACUUGGAAGAAUAGGGUUGGAUUUAUAUCGUCCUGCUGCAGGUAACCGAAGAUGACCACAGCAGCAAGGCCAACGUUUGAGCCCGCAAGAGGAGGACGGGGCAAAGGAGAAGGUGAUCUGAGUGCUUUGUCUAAACAGUACUCCAGCAGAGACCUGCCGGGACACACCAAAAUCAAAUACAGGCAGCCCACUCAGGAUGCCCCAGAGGAGGUGAGAGCUCGUGAUUUCAGACGUGAGCUGGAGGAGAGAGAGAGAGUUGCUGUUAAGAGCAGAGACAGAGGAGCAAGAGAGCACACAACUUCCUCGUCGUCUUCAUCUUCAUCCUCCUCCUCCAAGCGGCCACGUUUAGAUCAGAUUCCUGCUGCCAACCUGGAUGCUGAUGAUCCCCUCACUGAUGAUGAAGAAGACUCAGACUCGGGCUCUGACAGUGAUGAUGACACUGCUGCCCUGCUGGCUGAACUGGAGAAGAUCAAAAAGGAGCGAGCUGAGGAGCAGGAGAGGAAGGAAAGGGAACAGAAAGCAGAAGAGGAGAGGAUACGUAUGGAGAAUAUUCUGAGUGGGAAUCCACUGCUCAAUCUGGCAGGCCAGCAGCAGCAGCAGCAACAACAAAAAACACAGACCCAGAAUACAUUCAGUGUGAAGAGAAGAUGGGAUGAUGAUGUCGUAUUUAAAAACUGCGCUAAAGGAGUGGAUGAAUCUCGAAAGGAGAAACGCUUCGUUAAUGACACCCUGCGCUCUGAAUUCCACAAGAAAUUCAUGGAGAAAUAUGUCAAAUGAUUGCCAUGUUAUAAAAAUGUAUGUCAGCAGUUUGUUUUAAACAUUUUUUUUCUUUUUAGCAAAUAUCAUAUGUGCUUUUUCUUUUUAAUCUUUAUGUGCUGCCCUUCAGUAGUUGGUCUGUAAAAGAAAUGUACCAAUAAAAAAGAAUGGAAAAAUAGA